CAUAAAUGCUGCAGUACACGACAUAUCCUAACAGUUUGCAUGGCACCAGAUCAAAUUUCCAGCCAAACAGAAAUGCGUAAAUCCAAAGUGGAAGGGUCAGCAGACUGAGCAGAAACUCCCAGGAGAAAACAGAUGGACAACACCGCGGCAGUGACGAGAUCAUUGGUGCUCCAGGGGUGCUGCGACAAAUGUCCUGCAGUAGAGAAGUUGCCGUUGACCACAGUGGAAGUGAGUUGCUCCAUGCCGGACCUUGUUAGCAAAGUUGUUCUCUGAACAAGUGAUGGGGGCCAGUCAAAGUAGAACUUGGAAGCAAAAACGGGAAAUGUGUGAUUAUGUAGAAAUUGUAUUUCUCUAAAAAGCAGGUGAGGUGCUUUGUUCCCACCCAAUUGUGUAAGCAGUUGACUGAAAAACAUUCUGCAGUGUUUUGGAACCGAUUGUUCUUUGAGUUGGUAGAUUGAAUGUCAAACAUCUUUUUUGACCUUUUUCAAUCUUUUGAAAAGUUCUGAAAUUGCUGAACUUUUUCACUUUUACUGAAGUAAUCAUAUCUGCACAAUCCUGUUCUACCUCUCUCAACAUGAAUGCGCUCUGAAAGGAAUGCAUUCAAUGUAUUAGCACCGGGCACAUCAACAAAAUAUCUGCCAUUUUGCUAUGUGGUGGAUGCUAUUAAACUCUCUGGUUGUGCUGUUAGAGUGGUGUUAGUGUUGUUGUAAGUAUAGUUUUAGCACCCCCAACAGGAGAUUUUUUAAAUAGCAAGUGACGUCACAGGAAGUAAAAAUCGGUGGAUGUUUACAUGGUGCUUGAUGUCUGAUUGUUAUCCACAUCCAUCUGCCUCCAUCCUUCGUCUUUCGUGUUAUCGUCUGUAUGUAUACUGUUUGUUAUCUACUCAUGUUUAGUUUUUUCAUGAUAUUUUACUGUAACACAAUGGUGCAUGUUGUAAUCGUAUUUUUUGUUGUAUUUAUUUCAGUUUCACACUUUCUGCAUUAUAAAACCUGUGGACAAAGAGAAUUGUCUUCAGUGUGUUAAUGGAAGAAAGGUGUUGAACCUUGCUGCCGGUCCUUUACUUCGUGGUGAAGUGGGAAAGACAGUACAGUGAAAAGACGACACGUUAUACACGAGGUAAUCCAGUGAGUGUCACUACAGCAACUGUCAUCACACAAUACAGCUUCUACCGACCUGCAAUAUGGAGACAAAGUCAGCGUCAUUAAAGACAAGGUCUUGUGCAUCAACAGUUGCUGUUCCACUGUUUGUUCCAGUGGAACAGCAACUAGCGCUGCGGCUGCAAAAGCCAGGGCUAACGCUGAAGCGGCAAAGGCACGUUUAGUAUUUGCAGAAAAAGAAAUGAAGUUAAUAAAAAUGGAAAAGGCUCGUCUAGAAGCUUCAAUGGAAAUGUUGACUAUAGAAAAGGAGACUGCUGCAGCCAUAGCAAAGGCAGAAGCCUUAGAAGCAGUGGCAGGAACAAGGCAAAAGGAAGUGAACAUAAGAGGGCAGCAUCAAGAGCUAGAGUGGAGAAUCAUAGAAGAUUUAUAACAAUCCGGAGCUUCUAGAGGAGUAUAGAAGGAAGGAAAGGGAAAGAUAUAAGAAGCGCAAGGAAAAAGGGUUGUUAAAGGCAGCUGCAGAUCUGACACCCAGGCAGCUGCAGAAACAGCGAAAAAAAUGGAGGGAAAAUUCAAACAGAUACAAUAAAAAGAAACAAACAGUUCAGGACAUACUAAAUGAAACCCCUCCCUCAGAUGACAGUAUGAAUGAAAGCAACCCUCAGCUUCAACCACAACCUUAUGACCAAAGCAGAAAAAACAAACAAAUUAACAGAAAAACUAAGGAAGGCACAGCAAAUUAUCAUCGAGAAAAAAAAGGAACUAGAUUGUUUGAAGAAAAAAUUAAAACGAAUGGAGGCACACAGGUCCAGAAGUGUAAUUACAAGUCAAGCCAAAAAGAGGAGAGAUAACCGGAAGAAACAGUGUGAGAGAAGCAAAAGAAGAGAGAUGAGUGACAAUGUCAGACUGUUCCUAAACAGAGAUAAUGUGUCCACAUUAAUAAACGGAAAAGCUGGGGAAGUCAGGAAGGGUGGACAAAUUUACAGGAAGAGGUUCCUCUCAGACACCAUGGAAAAUCUCCAGAAGAGAUUUCUUAAAGACAACCCAGGCCUCAAUGUGUCCCGCUCCCAGUUUUUUAAGCUGAAGCCCUUCUGGAUAGUGAGACCAAAGAUCACGGACAGAGAGACAUGUGCCUGCAAAAUUCAUGAGAAUUUUUCAAGUAAAGUUAAAAAAAAUGCACCAUCUUGGAAUGAUACAUACGUUAUCUGUUACUGAUGUAGUGGCUUCAUCUGUCUGUGAUUCAAAAAACAUUGAUUGUAUGUAUGGUAGAUGUGAAGUCUGCAAAGAUCUUACCUUCCCUGUCAAUGUGGAUCCAACAACAAAAAACAACAUCAUAUCUUGGACUGAGUGGACAACAAGGUCAACACCAGUAACAAAGCCCUCAGGGUGGCACUACCACUGAGACAGACAUCAAAGUCACAACCAUGGAGAAGAAAGUUGCUAGUAUUGAAAGGCUUGUAGAGCUAACAAAGAUGGAACUGCCCCGGAUCUGUACUCAUUUGUACAAUAUUUGGCACCAGUUCACUCAUCUUAAACAAUUAAAAGAAAAUUUGACCCAGCAUGAUGUUAUAGUCCAUGUCGACUACAGCGAAAACUACACUUGUAAAUGGAGCAAAGAAAUCAAGGACACUCACUUUGGUGGAUCCUAUCAGCAAGUCACACUCCAUACCGGGGUGUUAUACUACACUCAUGGUCAUGUUGAGUUCUUUGCUACUGUGUCUGCCAGUCUCCAGCAUGAUGCUGUUGCUACAUGGGCACAUUUGCAACCAGUUUUAGACUACAUAAGAUCUAACUACCCCCUGGCAAAAAAUAUUCACUUUCUGUCUGAUGGACCAACAUCUCAAUAUCGAAACAAGAUAGCAUUCUACCUUGCGUCCACAGUACCUUUCAUGAAAGGGUUUGAGACUGUCACAUGGAACUUGACUGAGGCUUCUCAUGGGAAGGGAGCUCCUGAUGGAGUAGGAGGAGCGCUUAAAAACCUGGCAGAUCGUGUGGUGGCCUAUGGCACAGAUAUCCCAAAUGCUUCUGCUCUACUGGAGAAUCUAGCAAAGCACUCAUCUGUUAGGCUUUUUGAAGUAACAGAGGAUAAUAUUGCUUCCUGUGGAGAACUAGUUCCUCCAUUCCUGAAAUCAGUCCCAGGAACUAUGAAAAUCCAUCAGGUUGUUGCUACUGAACCAGGAAAUAUUAAAUUUCAAGAGGUCUCGUGCUUCUGUAGUCACUCUUGUGACUGUUUCUCCCCAAAGGAGUUUGUUUUCGCUCAAAGGGAAUCUGAAGAGACCAUCAAAGUCGGAACAUGGGUCCUUGUGGACUAUGAUGGAGACCUCUAUCCUGGCACAGUGACACAGAUUGCCAGAGGUCAGUAUGAGGUUGAUACAAUGAGCUGCGCGGGAGACAACCGCUUCUACACCCCAUCAAUAAGAUUUGCUGGUGAGAAGGUGUGGUACUAUUUAGAUGACAUCAAAGAAAUCAUUCCUGAACCACUGCCUACCUCUUCAUCCGCAAGACACUUCUGUGUGGUGUCAGAAAUCUGGGCUAAGUACAAGAAGAAAGUCCACUGACACCACUUUUGAUUUCUUGUGUACUAGCAUUGUUUCCUGUUUGACCUUCUAAAAAAAAAAAAAAAAGUUGGUAUUUUAUUCUAUGUUGCAUGCCUUUGUGUUUUGUGUUUAUAAUGUAAAGCACUUUGAAAUGCCUUGUAGCUGAAAUGUGCUAUACAAAUAAAAUUUGAUUGAUUGAUUGUAGUGUUUCCUGUUAUUUUCAAGUUCAAUAUCUAUUGUCUCUCUGUGCCUUUCUUCUGAUGACCUAUUAUCUCCCUGUGCCUUGUUUGCUUUUGCAUUUACCCUAAA